UGACCGGAAGUAAAAAAAAUACACGGAAGUACUUUGUUUUUAUUUCCCUGACAGCUGUGCUGUCAGUUGAAUCUCUAUUCUGCAAAUGUCUUUCACUGACUUAUGAAAGGCCGAUGCAUAAACCAGACUUGAGGGAGCUCAUGUGAGUUUAGUUUCUUCGAUUGUCGCCUUAGCCAGUGUGCUAACGGUACCAUCUGUGGCUGCUCGAGCCCUCUGCAGUCGAGCCUGCUAAUUGAUAACUGAGCUUCACUCUAUUGAUCUCAAUCAUGGGGGAGCCCACAGCAUCUGGGGUGUUCUGUAACAGGAUGCUGAGCAUGGUCAACUCUGAGGAUGUGAACGCCAUCAUUCAGGCUCAGAGACACAUGCUCGACCGUUUUGAGAAAACCAAUGAAAUGCUGAUCAACUUCAACGGGCUGUCUAAUGUGAGGCUGCAGCAGAUGAAUGAGCGUUUCCUGCUCCACACACGCACCCUUGUGGAGAUGAAGAAAGACCUGGACAGUGUUUUUAGAAGGAUAAGGACGCUUAAGGGGAAGAUUGCUAAGCAGUACCCGGAAGCUUUCAGCACAGUUAUCCAUGAGUCACCCGUCCUGGAGGACGAUGAGGAUGAGUUCGACCCUGUUCCCCCGAGUAUUGCCACAACAGUUACAACAGCCAAUUCAGAGCAGAGCACAGAGUCCUGUGACACAAGUCCAGAUGUGAUUUCACCCACUGUGAGCAGAUGCUCCGAAGAUCUCUCUCAAGAGCCACCUGACACACCCACCUAUGAUGUCCUCGAGACAGCUGUCCUGCAGGAUGAGGGUCCAGACUCUGUCCCUGCGGAAUAGAGAGUGCAGGUCUUAGUUUUAUAUUUGAGUUUGCAUUGAUGUCUACCACUCUUCACUUACACAUACAGUUAUACAAUUUUCAGUUGGGAAGACCAUCAAAAGCUUGGAACUAUCUAUGAGGGACUUUUGUUGGUACGCUUAUUUGUCAUGCACAGCACUAAAAUAAUGCAGAUAAUACUUGAACUUGUAUGAUAUCGCACUGUAGAUGUAUAUGUAUGAUUCUGUUGGUGACAGCUAUCAGCCUUUAUGUGACUUCACUCAUACUUAUGUGCUUGUUUGCCAUCCGAUCUAAUCUCAUGAUUUAUUUCAUGUAAGACACAAAAGGUCAAGCUUUACACCUGAAUGAUAUCAUGAAGGAUUUUUAAAAGUCACUGCUAUCAGCAUUCUUUCCUAUGGAGAAUCCAUAGUAAUGAAUUCAUGUUAUCAUCAGUAUUUAAUUUAAUGUUUCAUUGGUCACUUUCAAGAAAUGAUUUCUUUGUUUGCCUCACAAGGAAACCAGGGAUUAUGUUAAUUAUGUCGGUGAUUAGCAUUACUGGAGUUGUCAGGGAUUUAUCAGACUAAUUAAGGACAUAUUAGCAGGUCAGAGGCUCUUUGAUACAAAACCUGGAAAGCUACAGCAUGUGAGAAGGAGAUGCCCUUUCAAAAUGUAAUUUUGGUGCAAAAGGGAAAAUUCAGCCUAAAUUGGUUUAAUUUGGAAUCUCAGUUUUGUAUGGAUUGGAACCAUGUUCUUAAAAAGAUUAUAAUCAGGUGAUCAAAUAAAUGUGGAAGCUGAUCCAUAGUGGGAAACUUUUAAUUGCUGCUGUCCACAAUUACUGUAAUAAAAAACAUACACACGAUUUUCCCAAUGAAGAUUUCAGAAGUGAGGUUGUGUCUUGUAAUAUGUUUUUGGCUCAAUAUAUGAAGAAUAGCAUAAAUGUACUAUGUCCUUUGAUUUCAAAAAGCACAUGAGUCACUACUACAUCCAAACAAUUUUAACAUUUGCUAUUAAAGCAAACGUACUUAGUGCAUGUGGCAGAUAGCCCUACUGCUUUACCCAGUUGGUUAUCUAGUCUUUUAUUGAAGAAAACAAAAAGGUUGCACAUUCGUUUACACAGAGCUACAACACUGCUUUAGGGCCUAAUCAUCACUCUGGAACAUUAAAGCUCCUAUGAGGAACUUUUUGUUUGUGGAUUUGGGAAA